AUGAUCCAAAUGAUCUACAAAAAGCCAAAUGAUCCACAAAAAGCAAAUGAUCCAAAUGAUCCACAAAAAGCAAAUGAUCCAAAUGAUCCACAAAAAGCAAAUGAUCCAAAUGAUCUACAGAAAGCAAAUGAUCCAAAUGAUCUACAGAAAGCAAAUGAUCCACAAAAAGUAAAUGAUCCAAAUGAUCCACAAAAAGCAAAUGGUCUAAAUGAUCCACAAAAACAAAUGAUCCAAAUGAUCUACAAAAAGCAAAUGAUUCAAAUUAUCCACAAAAGCAAAUGAUCCACAAAAACAAAUGAUCUACAAAAAGCAAAUUAUCCAAAUGAUCUAUAAAAAGCAAAUGAUCCAAAUGAUCCACAAAAAGCAAAUAAUCGAAAUGAUCUACAGAAAGCAAAUGAUCGAAAUGAUCUACAGAAAGCAAAUGAUCCAAAUGAUCUACAGAAAGCAAAUGAUCCAAAUGAUCCACAAAAAGCAAAUGAUCCGAAUGAUCCACAAAAAGCAAAUGAUCCAAAUGAUCUACAGAAAGCAAAUUAUCCAAAUGAUCUACAGAAAGCAAAUGAUCCACAAAAAGCAAAUGAUCCACAAAAAGCAAAUUGUCUAAAUGAUCCACAAAAACAAAUGAUCCCAAUGAUCUACAAAAAGCAAAUGAUCCACAAAAAGCAAAUGGUCUAAAUGAUCCACAAAAACAAAUGAUUCAAAUGAUCUACAAAAAGCAAAUGAUUCAAAUGAUCUACAAAAAACAAAUGAUUCAAAUGAUCCACAAAAAGCAAAUGAUCCAAAUGAUCUACAGAAAGCAAAUGAUCCAAAUGAUCCACAAAAAGCAAAUGGUCUAAAUGAUCCGCAAAAACAAAUGAUCCAAAUGAUCUACAAAAAGCAAAUGAUUCAAAUUAUCCACAAAAGCAAAUGAUCCACAAAAACAAAUGAUCUACAAAAAGCAAAUUAUCCAAAUGAUCUACAAAAAGCAAAUUAUCCAAAUGAUCCACUAUAAAAAGCAAAUGAUCCAAAUGAUCCACAAAAAGCAAAUAAUCGAAAUGAUCUACAGAAAGCAAAUGAUCCAAAUGAUCUACAGAAAGCAAAUGAUCCAAAGGAUCUAUAAAAAGCAAAUGAUCCAAAUGAUCUACAAAAAGCAAAUGAUCCAAAUGAUCUACAAAAAGCAAAUGAUCCAAAUGAUCUACAGAAAGCAAAUGAUCCACAAAAAGCAAAUGAUCCACAAAAAGCAAAUUCCAAAUGAUCUACAGAAAGCAAAUUAUCCAAAUGAUCUACAAAAAGCAAAUGAUCCACAAAAAGCAAAUUGUCUAAAUGAUUCACAAAAACAAAUGAUAAUGAUCUACAAAAAGCAAAUGAUCAAAUGAUCCACAAAAAGCAAAUGUAAAUGAUCCACAAAAACAAAUGAUUCAAAUGAUCUACAAAAAGCAAAUGAUUCAAAUGAUCUACAAAAAACAAAUGAUCUAAAUGAUCCACAAAAAGCAAAUGAUCCAAAUGAUCUACAGAAAGCAAAUGAUCCAAAUGAUCCACAAAAGCAAAUGAUCCAAAUGAUCCACAAAAACAAAUGAUCCAAAUGAUCUACAAAAAGCAAAUGAUUCAAAUUAUCCACAAAAGCAAAUGAUCAAAUGAUCUACAAAAAGCAAAUUAUCCAAAUGAUCUAAAAGCAAAUGAUCCAAAUGAUCCGCAAAAAGCAAAUAAUCGAAAUGAUCUACAGAAAGCAAAUGAUCCAAAUGAUCUACAGAAAGCAAAUGAUCCAAAUGAUCUACAGAAAGCAAAUGAUCCAAAUGAUCUACAAAAAGCAAAUGAUCCACAAAAAGCAAAUGAUCCACAAAAAGCAAAUGAUCCAAAUGAUCUACAGAAAGCAAAUUAUCCAAAUGAUCUACAGAAAGCAAAUGAUCCACAAAAAGCAAAUUGUCUAAAUGAUCCACAAAAACAAAUGAUCCCAAUGAUCUACAAAAAGCAAAUGAUCAAAUGA